ACGCGUCGUUCUUUCCUCUCAUCUCUGGAGACGCGGAGUGAUUUGGAGGCAGCAGCCUGGAGGCGGCGGGCGGCUGCUCCGGUGUGUGUCCGACCCACAGUGCGGCUCCCACCGGCGGACACACGUGUGUCUCAUUUGGCCGCUGCAUCCCCGACAGCUCAGCUUCCUCCACAAGGAAGUGAUGGAGGAGGAAAGUUUGUGACGCCUCUGCGUUUGGUUCGGGACCGUCCGCAGGAAAAAAAACUGCAGAGCCUGAUCGCUUUGCGCAGUUCGCUCGCCCUCGUCGUUCCGUGCGUUACCGUUUACUAGGAUUCAGUAAAUCUGAGAAAUCUGUAUGGAUUUGGGAUUAACAGGGUCUCCGACAGUGAAAUGUCUCAGCAGUGGAAAUGCAGCUCCACGCCUGUCUGUUGCUUUUUAUUAUCACAACAGAUAAAAUAUUGGCCUCGUCACACCAUCAUUGUGGUGGAAAUGUCUUCCUGGAUGAAGAGCCUGCAGGCCACAUCAGUCUCACUUCACCUGGACUAUUCACCGACACCAGCACACUCGACUCCGUGAAGCAGCACUCUGAAGAAUCCUUACAGGCUUCAGUUUGCACUUGGAUGAUAGAUAUUCCUCUGGGGAGGACGGUACUUUUAAAGUUGGAACGUGGAUGGAACAUAUCAGUGCGCUGUGUCUGGAACGAGGAAGUUCGGGUCUUGGACGGCGGAGGAACGACUCUGCUGUCCGGCUGCGACAGAAACAAAGCCGCCCUCACUUGGACAAGAGCAGAACGUUCUCCAAACACAGUUCAGUUGGCUUAUUAUGUCCAGGAAGAUGAGAGGAAUUCCUCGGAGGACGGCUCAACCCGCCAUCCAGACCUUACUCAGUGGUCUCAGACAGGAACCAGCUUUACAAGUGUUGGUCAAGAUGUGGUGAGAGGCACAGAGGAGGGCAGAGGUCGCCUCUAUGAAGGUCAGGAGUGGAGCUCUGGGCCUCAGUCUGUGUCUAGUGGCUCCUCUCAGGACCAGGGGCUGCUGCUCCCCACCUCACCCCAGCAUCGACACCCUGUCUCUGGGAGAGCCGAUAGGGAAACUCUCCCUCUUCCUGAGGAAAAGCCAAACAAUGGAGCGGAUACAUCUGGAGCUGCUCACCUCACUGAUCGUCCCCUGACUGCCAGCGAGGGAACACGCCCAUAUUUUGUGCAUGCAUUCAGUACAGACGGCAAAUCAAACACAGCAAACCCCAGUGAGGAGAUCCCACAAACCCAGAUAACAGAUGCAACAGGCAGGAGGUCCAGCGCUUUGCAUGGCACAGAUCCACCCAAACAUGCAUCCACUGAGACGUCUGAACACACAGACAAACAUAGCGCCAGCUUUCUUCCUCUCACCUCUUCUCCUCCUGAGCUACCUUCCAGGACGAUCUGGGAGAUUCUCAUUCCACACAGUGCAGCUGUUAGCGGGACACCUGGAGAUAACCAGCCUCAUUCCUGGAGGAGCCAGCGAAGCACAGACAGACUCGCUUCUGAUCUGACCUCCAUCACCACCACCACCUCCGACCCUUUAAAGUCAUCCACCACACCUCCGCAGCAUGAAUCACACAGUGACACUGGACCCACUUCAUCAUCUUCACAGGGCCCCGGCAGUGUUCAAUCAUCCGCCACCCACAUCACAGAGCCCGACGCUGCUGUUGGUACUGUGGAGGCUGCUUCACUUCAUCCAAACACAAGUCUAAGUGACUCACUGGUGUCAGAUGUUACCGCUCAGACUGCUGUGUUUGAGUUGUCUGAUAAGACAGUGAUGACGAGUCAAACAGACUCUCCUCAAAGCACAGAGAGCCUCACACACUCUCCAUAUACUUCAUCUCCAUUACUUACACAGAUGGGCAACAAAGACACACAAACAGAAAGUCCACAAAGACAUUUCAUGACUACCAACACCGUCUCCAUCUCACCCGACAAUACCAAGGAGCAUAAACAGACUUUAGGUUCCACUGCUUCUCUUUUUACUCCAGCAGCACCGCUGACAAUGGGAGAUGUAGUCCACUCAGCUCUCACAGGAACCACUAGAGGAACAUACACACCACCUCCAACUACACACUGGCAUGACAGCUCACUCACAGAUUCACCAACAUCUGCUCCUCUUUUGUCAUCCAGCACAUCCACAGACUCAUCUACACCUUCAUACACACUCCAAACACACACUGUGUCUCCUGAUAGUUCACAAACAACUCUGACCUUCUCUGUCACUGAAGCCACCGUUCACACAGUCUUUGUUGACCACAAAACCACACCUGCACCCCCACAGACACCCCCUCAUUCAAACAAGCACGUGCAUCUGCCAGUGUCUACUUAUGAAUCUCCUACACAUAAACAGCGGCACAAUGCUGUCACUGCUACACGUAGCCCUGUGCUCUCACUGACAACUAUACAGUCUGAUUAUAAAGAUGGGGAGGUAAGAGUAGAGACAGUGGACAGCGUCUGGCUGUGGUCUCCAAGAAGCACAACUGCACGCACAACCACAGCUGGACCUCCACAGCGACCUCCACUCCAGACCACACUACAUCCCAGCCAGGAGAACCACUCAACGGUAACAACUGCAGCUGUAACCUCCACUUGGAGCUCCACAAACAGCCCCAAGUUCUACAUUGUGCCAGACCAGCCUGCUGCCAUCAGAGUGGAGUCAAUUGAGCUGCUGCUGCAGAUAGUUGUAGAAGAGUCCAGAUCUGCUUUUACUGCUGGCUUGGAUGAAGACACUGCUGUCUGGGUGGUGCCGUACCUACAGAGAGCCCCAGGAUUCACCAGGCUGCUGGGAGUCUGGAGCAGUGGCCAUGCAGUGCAGAGUCUGGUGGAGUUUAAAACCAGCGAGGCUCUGCAGUGGCUCAGCAUGGAAGGACCCACAUCACUGUUGGAACAAACAGGACUAGCUCAGGCUGUUCGUGAGGGGACGACCUUCAGAUCGUCCAAGAUCACCAACAUCACACUUGGAGGGCUGCAGGGUGACGUGUGCGACUGGUUGCUGCAGUGCCCCUCAGGCUAUAGAUGUGUGUCCCAGCCAGGCUCUUCCAGCUACAGCUGCUCCUCUGUCUGCCGCUCUGACUACUGCCACCACCACGGCAUCUGCACACAUCAUCCAGGCCAACUUCCAGUCUGCCGCUGCCUUGCAGGUGAUGACUUCUGGUUUAUGGGUCAGAGGUGUGACACGAGGAUGACUCGAGCACGGCUUGUGGGCGCCUGUCUGGCCAUCUUGCUCAUCAUAGUGACAGUCAUCGGAGUUUUGGCCUUUGUGGCAGUGCGACGCUAUCGAGCCAUUCUGAUCCAGGCCAAAGUGGACCAGACUCGCAGCAGCUAUCGCAGGUUCAACCACUUUGACGAGCUGUCCGGUCGGUUCUGGUUGCGUUCGUGGGCGGGUUCGGCAGACUCACUGGACAAUCCCGCCUUCACACGCUCCGACGACUUACUGCAUCUGCGAGCGCUCGACCGCCCCUGCUGUUACCAUGACGAUACGCUGUCGCUGGGCUCCACCUGCCCCAGCCAUGGAGCACACAUCAGUACCAUCUACCCCCAUAGCUCCCAGUACGGCUGGAGGGGGAGUGAGAUGAGUAUGGGGGAUGGUGUGCUGGACUCAGGUAAGGCCAGCGACCUUUCUGUCUGCAGCUGGCCUGUUGAACCCAUUCACUGGACUCCGUUCCCGCUUCUGCAGCAACUGGCUUCCCACAGGACGCCCACAGUCAGAGUGUCACGGCCGAGGUCUUACUGUGAGGGCAUGGAGCUGGUAGACCUGGGGAAGAGCUGGACUGCUUGAUAUCCAUAAAAACUAAUUAAACUGCUCUGACACUGGUAUUUGCAGUUCAUUAUUGCAUUGUAAAACUCAAAUGUUCUUGUUUUGUAAAUAAAAAACUCAAAACAAUAAAUGUAUGCAUGUGUAGUGGUUUAUAUUUUUUUGUAAACUUCUUGCUAAAUUUUCGAGUUUUAAUCAGCAAUUUGUUCCUGAUGUCUGUCAAAUAUGGUACAGAAUGAUAUGUAAUAUUUUAAUAAAAUUGAAUCUUGCUGUGGGCAAGAAUAUAUGUAUUUUAUAAUUUAUUUUGGAAUUAUUUAAUGUCUUUGUGAUUUUAAACAUGCAAUACUUUGCUUUUUACUGUAAUUUUUUACAGAAAGUGGAGAACAAACCAUUAAAACACAAAUAAGGCAAAAGAACUUAAGGUAAAAACAAAUAUUUUAGGAAAUCACUCUUUGUUUUCUUCUCAAGCCUAUAUGAGACAACUGAUACCUCUAGCAUGUUUGUAUGGAAAAUAAAACAUUACAGUCAAUUAUCUUUGCUUAGUUUAGCAUCUAGGCUGGAAACAGAGAAACAGCUAGUCUAGCUCCAUCCCAAAAAAAAUGAAACAAAACAAUAUAUCCACCUACUAGCUUACCAAAGGAAAUAUUAGUCACAUUAAUUUGUACAAAAAACAAAGAAUAGAAACAGCACAUUAUAGUUGCAAGAGGGGUUAUGUGCUGAACCAUUUGUAGUCCAGGAGCAGUGACUUUCUACAAUCCUGCUCAAGAAAUAGUCCAGCAAACAAAUUAUCUUUAAAGCGAUUGUGACUAUGUUGAUAGUCUAAUCAGGUAUACGUAUAAAUAACAAACUUAUGUUGGCUACUUUGGUACAUGCUAGCUUUGUAAAGUACAGACUGGGUAUGUGCUGUAGUGUUUCAUGCAUUUUGUAACAAAAUUUUUCACAAAACUGGUUACACGUAACUGCCCAGUAGGCUAACCUCCUCACUUAUUGCUCACAUACACGGUUGGUCCUGUUUUCUGUCAAGGUAAUGCUCCAUGUGGGCAUUUCAUAAAACUAAACUGUUAAAAACUAUGAAGUAAACCUCUCUCCUGUGGCUGCUGUGAAGUUUCCUUCCAGCCAUGAAGAAAUGCAUUUUCUUACGUUUAACACCGAGGGGUCCUAAUCUAGAUAUUACAGUGAAUUACAGACACCAAACAAAGCUGUGUGGAAGCAAAGCUUUAGGGCUAAUUCAUACUUUCAAGUGUUUAGACCAGCAAGAUGGACAGCAGAUGCGUUUCAAUUCAGCGUGCUGUGCAGUCGGCUGCAUUACUCCAUAUCAUCAUAUGGAUCGUGGAAUAACACUUUGGGCUACUGUGAAUGAUGUUUCUGAAAGACUACUUACAGAUUGGGCUGCAGCACCAUCUUAGUGAUUAUUCCUGAGGUAUAUCGAGCACAGUGGACAGAUAUAGCACAGGAUUUCUGGACAAUUUGCAACUUCACACUGUGCUAGACACAGCGGUGCAAAUCAAAGCACCUCCAAAGUUCUAGAGCGACUACUUCAAUUACAAAUCUUUUAAAAUGAAUGAGUAAGAUGUGGAUCGUGGAGAAUCUGUUUACACAGUUAACAAGUUUUAUGUACCAUUUAUUAUCCUUGCACAUGCGGCAUCAGUUUGUUUUCAGUGCACAGUUGGCACUGACACAAAUUUCACUGCCUGGACAAGCCUGCAUAGACCUUUCAAGACUUGGAUGGAUGACAAAUAUUCAGUCAAGCAAAUACGAAAAGCAAAAGUUGGCGUUUACAGCUUCCUCUUUUUUGACUUCCUCAUUCUAAGCUAACCUAACCAGCUGCUGAGUGUAUAUUGACCUCAAACUAUGUGAUACUGUAAGUGAUAUCUCUCUUCAUACCAAUCAUUCCACAACAAAAUUGAACUUAGAGAAGUGUAAAAUCUGUUUCUGGUCAAUAUGACAAUUAGCUCAAACAUACACAUCUCAUAACAAUAAUAAUGACUCCAAAUAAUUAAAUGUACAAAAUUUAAAGUCAGAGCAUGUGAUUCUCAAGUGAACAUUUAUGCUUGUGGACAUAAUAGGAAGGGAAAUGCGGGAAAUCUGGUCUUUGUUACCUAUUGAAAUACCUUAACUAGCUAAAUAUCAACAGUGUUUCUCUAAAAUCACAGACUUCACUUCUAAGCAAACACCGUAACAGAGAUUUAUGUGUCAAAGAGCUGAGCAAGCCAACUGGGAUCACUGAUUUCUUGUUCUUUAAAUAUUUUAUUCAGAUAUUUGCUCCACUCAAGGCUGCAUUACCACCCAGACCAAGUGGCAAACUUGACUGUCCCAGGUUCACUUUGUGCCACUUGUUUGUAUCCAGUUUAAUUGUAUUAAAGUUGGUUUAGGUACUUGCAAAAUACUACUACUACUAAACCUCCUUCAUCAUUCCUGUGCUAAUCUUAAUCCUGUCUUGCAGAAUCCUAUAUCUUGACCUUCAUUUGGUUGUGCAAAGAACAAACUGUCUGCUCCUGAGGCCACAAGCAGCCUAAAUCAGCCAUUGCUUUGGGCUACAUCUGUGGGGCAUAGUUGCUAAAUACAGCUAUUUCAUGUUUAAUUUGAAAUGUGAAAGUGGCUUACAGACCACUAACUCAUCACCUGAGAAGCAGUGAACUGUUUUAAAGGGGGGAUUUCUGUCUGAAAAAUUAGAAUAUUUCACUUCUUCUCAGCUUUUUCCCUUCUUACUUGAGUACUCACAUGAGCCACACCCACCUCUCAAUGCUGUGUAAUGAAACUCUGUUGGAAUGUGACGCCAUAAAUGACUGGGAUAGAUGUGCAGAGAGUGAAACUGGCAAAUAUGCACACUGACCUUGUGUUGCACUCAUGUAAUUGCAGUGUGAAAUAAAACAGGAGAGUGUUUGAUUUUGGGAGGCAGGAUAUGUGGCAAAUAAAGGAAGAGAGUUAAUGGGUGUUUAAAGGAGAGGGAUCGCACUAGGGAUAGGGAUGACUGGGAAGCAGACUCAAGCUACCUGCUAGCUUCUUCCAUAUACGGUCUUAGAGAGAGCCCAGAGCCAGGCCCAUGAGUUUCUCUGACUGUGUGAGUGAGCAAUGCAGGGUGUGUGUGUGUGUGUGUGUGUGUGUGUGUGUGUGUGUGUGUGUGUGUGUGUGUGUGUGUGUGUGUGUGUGUGUGUGUGUGUGUGUGUGUGUGUGUGUGUGUGUGCUGCAAUGCAUGCAUGAGUCACACACAGCUGAGUUUUGAAAUUUCUCAAGGACUGGUUUGAGUGUCCACAGGAAACGUUGAGAAAUUCCAGUCAGGAAGGAGUUAAGGGAUUGCAAAGUUGUAUUUUUUUUUUUUUUUUUUUUUUUACAAAAAAAAAACCAAAAAACAAUGUUGCUAUUCACUGACAUUCUAAACAUAAAUUAGAUGAAGUGUGCUGAAAAAUUAAGGUGAAUGGUGGCAAACUUUCACUCUCCCCCCAAAGACACACACACAUUCACAUGCACAGCCUUAAAAAGGGAGAUUCAUUCAUUUCCUCAGACUGGUCACAUGACCUGAGCAGUGCAUUCUUCCUCCCCAUGUGACUGGCUCCAAUAUCUCCUUAUAUGGACGUCAUCCAAAGGAGCUCUUAAAGGGCUGGUUGUCCUGCCCUGGGUCUAUACUUGGUGUGUGUGUGUGCGUGUGUGUCUCUGUGUGUGUGUGCAUGUGCGUGCGUGUGUGCGUGUGUGUGUGUGUGUGUGUUUGGAGCAGGAUAACGCCUGUCUGAGAAGCCAGUUCCCUGAUCAGCUCAUUCACCCUCUCCAUGGUGUCCUGAGCUGCUCCCCACCUGAUGAUACAUGGACAUGCCUGUGUGUUUGCAGGCCUGUGUUGUCACAUCCUGCGUGCAUCUGCAGAAGACAGGCACUGUGGAAAUCCUGUCCCUUUUGGUGAACCAACUCCCAUAUAUCCAUAUUAGGAACACAUAGAGCCAGUGAGAAUUCCUAGUGUAAGUUUAUGAGUCUUUGUCUGGUGCCCUUAUUGAGUUAAAACGGCACCCUGACCCACCCACCUAGUCUCGGGUCAACUUCUGACAUGCGCUCUGCAAGAGGAUUUCCGUCUUGAAACCAAAUAUUUUAUUAAAGCAAGUAUCUGGUCAUGUGAAUGAACAGGUGUGUGUGCAUACUCAAGUGAGUCAUACAAAUUUCAUAAUAGGCCUCAGAGAUUCAUUAUGACACCUGUUUAUUACGUCUCACUCAGGCUGCAAGGUUAAUCAGCCCUCUAAGCUCACUUACACAUCACCAGUGAGGUGAUGAAAGAUAAGAGAUUUACACUCUCCCGAGUCUGGCUGUAAACAUACCUCAGCUUAACCGCACUUAUCACUGUCACUCUGCUGUGGGUGUGUGGGUGUGUGUGUGUGUGCGUGUGUGUGUGUGUGUGUGUGUGUGUGUGUGAGACACUGACAGGGUGUCAACAGUGCUGUCAGUGACCCUGAGACUGUAAUCACCCCACGUCCUGGUUGGUACCAUGAGUGAGUAUCUGUGAUGAGUGGGAAGGUUUCGCAUUGGUAUAGUCUGUUUUUACUGCAUUGCAUUAUCUCCGUCAUUGAAAUGAAAUGAAUUAUGGAUUUGUUUGUUGGUUUUCCAGUGCACAAACAUAGAACAGAUGACAGUAGUCUGAGAGCAGCCAGUGUGAUCAAGACAUCUAGGCCCCAAGGAUUAAAUUAACAUCAGUUAUCACACUGUUGACUGAAUAUUACAUUGUACUUUUGCCCAUUGUAAAAUUACCAAAUGCAUAAAAGCACAUAUUUCAAAUUGUCUUAUAAUUGAGAGCAAUUCUGUGUUUUGCAGCAUUAGUUAUUUGAUUUGUUGCCCACUUGUGCAUCAAUACAGUCAAUUAGGGAAAGACACCCACCCAUAGGAACUUAAAUAUAUCCAUAAUACAUAAAAUACAUCUUGCUUAUCAAUAUAAUAUGUGUACAAAAAGGAUGCUUAAGUGAACAAAUUUAAAGUGUAAUUGAUUUACGACAGAUUGCACUUUGUUAUUCUAUAACUUAAUGUAAAGGCCUUUUGGAAAGGGACAUCUUCACCCACAGCCUGCAGAAGAUGCCCUUCCUAUGGGGGCAAGAAGUCCCUUAUGAUUCAUGCUUAUGUGCAAGACUACAUUUUUAGAACAUUAGGACAUAAAGUUAAUGAGUUUGCCUUUUCAGACAGCCAGUAAUAUUUUCUUUUACCGCUCAAUAGCUAUUAUGUUACUAUUAUGUUGCUAUAUUAGUCGAUGUUGUUUAUAAAUCAUCAAUAAUCUAGAUUAGAGUAUUGAAAUAAUUGAUAUCCAUUGGGGCUUCUUACUCCAUAUCCCUUGAAAGUCCUACUUUGACAUUUUCACAUAUUAUUAAACAAUGUAUGUUAUUAUUUUUUCCUCAACUUUCACAAGGCUCUCAUAUAAACAGUAUAAAAGCUUUUAAGUGUAUAUUAUUUUCUUGUCAUAAUAUGAUAUCAACAUACCUCCAAAACACCUGUACUGAUUUUAUGCUAUUUAAUGACUUGAAAGGACGCUAUUAUCACAUGAAAGACCUGAAAUUAAACUGGCAGCAUCUAAUGGUCAGGGGAGGAAUUAUGGAGAUAAUCUUAACCUGUUUUACCCCCUAUCAUCUUCACGAUUGGGAUAAUAAUAAUAAUAAUAAUGAUAAAGAGAUAUGAUAAGGGACAGCUGUAUUGAAGCCCAGAUUGAUAACUUUGGGAGUAUAUAGGUUAGUUCCAUGCUCUGUCCUCUUCUGUGUCACAGCAGAGACUCGCUAUCUGCAUGCGCCACACCCAGUGGACGCGGCUGGACCAAUCAGAGGGCGCUGUGCGGAAAGUUUCCUUUUAUGGAGAGGGGCUGCAGCACGAGCUCUGAUAAAAUCCUGCAAUUUAUUGGCCUCCAUUGCAGUCCAGUUCAGACACUAAACUCAAGCGGAGCGUAGAGCUCAUACACAGUCCUCCUCAGCAGAAAACCCUCCCUCACACAG